GGAGCGCGCGGCCAGAGUGGGGCGCAGGCGCAGAGCAGAGGCUGCCGGGAGCGCGCGGCCGGGCGGAAGUAGCCGCCCGCCCUGUCCGGCCCUACGCAGGUAGGCGGCAGCCCGCGGGCUCAGGAGCCAGGCUCUCCGUGGCCUGCAGCAGCUCUACAGAGGCACUGGUUUAAGCUGUUGGUACUUGAGACCAUUGUCACCAACCUGUCCCAACAGUGCACUCCAUCUACUGUGCCUGCAGAGCGGAGGGGACAGGAACAAAGGUCUAGAGAGCGGUGGAGGCAGAUGUCCUAUUUUCACCUUCCACCUGGAUGUGGCAUGUGUGCCCCUGAAGCCCCCACAGACACGUGUGGCCCUGUCAUCUGAGUCUCAGAACGUCCUUCACAGUAGUGUGGCUGUCUUCAAGGUGGCUGUACAGGUCCUGCCCAGCGUGCAGUCUGAUGCCCAUCCAGCCCUUUGACCACCGGGAAUGGAGUGAGCCUAUGCACUCCCUCCGGAUCAGUGUAGGGGGCCUUCCUGUGCUGGCAUCCAUGACCAAGGCCACAGACCCUCGCUUCCGCCCCCGCUGGAGGGUGAUCCUGACGUCCUUUGUGGGUGCUGCCCUCCUCUGGCUGCUCUAUUCCCACCAUCAGGCCCCAGUACUGGGCAGGUCCCCCACCCACAAUGCACACAGCCGGAGGUUCAGCCCAGAGCAUGUCUCUCACUACAAUGACACCUAUCCCCUGUCACCCUCCCAGAGGACUCCAGGUGGGAUCCGGUACCGAAUCGCUGUCAUUGCUGACUUGGACACGGGGUCCAGGGCCCAAGAGGAAAACACUUGGUUUAGUUACCUUAAGAAAGGUUACCUGACCCUGUCGGACAGCGGGGACAAGGUGGCUGUGGAGUGGGAUAAAGACCAUGGGGUCCUGGAGUCCCACCUGGCAGAAAAGGGACGGGGCAUGGAGCUCUCUGACCUGAUCGUCUUCAAUGGGAAACUAUACUCUGUGGACGACCGAACGGGGGUCAUCUACCGGAUUGAGGGCACCAGACCAGUGCCCUGGGUGAUCCUUUCUGAUGGCGACGGAACCGUGGAGAAGGGCUUCAAAGCUGAGUGGCUUGCUGUGAAGGAUGAACACCUGUACGUGGGUGGCCUGGGCAAGGAAUGGACCACCACUACAGGGGAGGUGAUGAACGAGAACCCUGAGUGGGUGAAGGUGGUAGGCCACAGGGGCAACGUGGAGCACGAGAACUGGGUGUCCAGCUACAAUGCUCUGAGAGCCGCCGCUGGGAUCCAACCACCAGGCUACCUCAUUCACGAAUCCGCCUGCUGGAGUGACACACUGCAGCGCUGGUUCUUCCUGCCACGCCGGGCCAGCCACGAGCGCUACAGUGAGAGGGCGGAUGAGCACAAGGGCAGCAACCUCCUGCUGAGCGCAGCCCAGGACUUCAAGGACAUCACUGUGAGGCGCGUGGGGGAGCUGGUCCCCACUCACGGCUUCUCAUCUUUCAAGUUCAUCCCUAACACCGAUGACCAGAUCAUCGUGGCUCUCAAGUCAGAAGAGGACAGUGGCAGGAUCGCCACCUACAUCGUGGCCUUCACGCUCGAUGGCCGCUUCCUGCUUCCCGAGACUAAGAUCGGCAGUGUCAAGUAUGAAGGGAUAGAAUUCAUCUAGAUGAGAAAGUUCACAUGCCCAGCAAGGUGAGGGCGCGUGGCCUGACCCACACCAGGACUCAGUUCCAUAAAAUCCAGAGGAAUGCACUUUGGCUUGUUUGCUGAUUUCUUUUUAACUGAGCUGUGUGCCUGGAUAGAGAUUUCCAGAAUAGGGAGCUGAGUCCCAGGCCAUGUGACACCGCUUCAGGUGACAUUCUGAAACUGAGAGCAAGGGCAGGCAGGGGUCCUGGACAGGAACAGCAGGGCCACGUCCACCCACGCCUCACUCUGCACUGCCACCUUGUGGUAGCCAUUGGUCACUGCUCCAGGUACCUGAGCCCCUGGCCUUCAAAAUCUAGCCACGCUUCCUCCAUCUCUUUCCUGGCCUCUUGCCUUUCCGUGAGUUCUCUGGCCAGUACAUGUCUGAGGCAGCCAGGUGUGUUGUCCUAGCCUCACCCCGGGAGCACAAGGCGGUUUGAGGUGGACCUGCCAGAUGGGCACCCACCCCUCUUCCUCCUAGGUGACCCUGGCAUUCCACACUCAGCAGACCUUUGGAAAGUAAAUGUUUACAUGGCAGGGCAAGGGCCCCACCCUUGGGACACACCUGCCCACAUUUCUGAAGCCGCCUCUAGCACAGGGUUUGCCUCCCAUGGCCAAGGCCUCCUUCCUGCCCUCGGGAGGAUUCUGGCCAUUCAGUCCUUUGACUUACUAACUUAUUAAAGUAAUUUCCUUUCCUAUAGAACAGAGUCACCAAACCUCAUCACACAGCAAAAGUGGAGUGUCCACAUCCCCCAGCAGCGAGGGAAUCGUCCCCACAGCCGCAGCGGCGACACUGUCUUUUACAGAAAGGGAGUCUGGAUCCUUGGCCUCUGCCUUCUAGCAACUUCAAAAGCUGCCAUGCCUUCCCUUUCAGCAGUGGCCGAGGGAGGGCUCUGGUUCCAGCAGGCCUGCACCUGACUGGAGGCCAUCCUUGUUGUUCCCUGCAUUUCUUGCUGGCUCCCAGUGAGCUUGAGCAGCCUUCUCUCCGGGAGGCUUCACUGUCUUCUGCUGUCUCUUCCUGUCCAUGCUCGGCAGCAAAGGCCACUGUCAGGGUCAGAGGUUGUCCUGUAGGGGGCAGCCACCUCAUCAUCCUGCGACACCCUUAGGACAGGACACGGGUGCUGCCGCAAGCAGAGGGCCCUGAUAACCCUCACAAAGCCCUUCCACUGGGAAGCUGGGGGCCACUGCCACUGGGGGUGACUACCCACUUGGCAGCCUCUUACUGACUCGUGAUGGCGACAUCUUUGUGUAUUCCUGUGUUCUGCUGGGAGCUCAGCCAUUUCUCUUUGAUGUGUGUCAGCUGUGUUAGAGUGUGGGAGUCUAAACUGGAAGGUGAAGUGAGGGAGCCCAAGAGAAGCCUGGGAACCCUCACUGAAGAGACAGUGUGGACCUGGGACAGGCAGCGCAGAUUUCACACUCCUUCCUUUCCCAAAAGUAAGCAUAGUGAUUGUAUCCUUCCCUCUGUCCAUUUGUUUUGUAAACAAUAAAAUGUCAGGGGAAUGUG